AUGGAUCACUUCUUGCAGGUAAAUCAAGAGUAUGUUGGCGAUGUUAACGUGACAAGACUUCCUGAUAACGUUGUACGAGAGUUCAUUAUAUUUGGAUUUCCCAGUCUUCAAAGAUUUCCCCUUCUGCUCUUCUGCCUGUUUCUAACAAUUUACCUUUUCACGUUAACCGGCAAUGGAAUCAUAUUCAUCCUCAUUAUCAUGGACCGAGGAUUACAGACCCCCAUGUACUUCUUUGUCAGCAACCUAUCCAUCCUAGACAUGAGUUAUACCUCGGUUACCAUACCCAAGAUGUUGGCCAAAUUCUCCAUGGGCCUUGAUGUCAUAUCCUUUAAUGAAUGUUUCUUACAGAUGUAUUUCUUUAUCUCUUUUGCCGCGGUAGAAUGCCUUCUUCUCUCUGUGAUGGCCUACGAUAGGUAUUUAGCUAUCUGCUCCCCACUUCAUUAUCCCAUUAUAAUGACCCAGCAGCUAUACGUCUCUCUGUCGGCUGUGGCGUGGGUCGGGGGAUUUUCUUGUCCCAUAACAGUGUUAAUUUUAGCCUUGAGACUGCCAUUUUGUGGACCAAACGUGAUCCACCACUACUACUGCGAUCAUCCACCAUUGCUCCAGUUGGCUUGUACGGACACCUCAUUCAACGUCAUUGUAGGUUCCUCAUUCAGUGCCAUCGUACUCUCAAUAUGCUUCACUAUGGUUGUCGUAUCGUACAUUAAGAUCAUUAGGGCCGUUCUCAGAAUAGCUUCCACUAACGGGCGCAAGAAAACAUUUUCAACGUGUGCUUCUCACUUUGCUGUGGUGAACAUAUUUUUCCUACCUCUGAUCUUCAUGUACAUUCGACCGACCCCAUCGUACUCUUCAGAUGUGGACUCCCUGGUAGCCAUGCUGUACACGGUAUUAACACCUAUGAUGAACCCUAUCAUAUACAGCCUGAGAAACAAAGAUAUCAAAGAUGCACUUACCAAGAAAAUAAAACAUUAA